AUGGACUCCCUCCCCGUAAAUAACAAAACCGCCGGCGAAGCAGAAAGCACAUACAACAAAGCCCUCGAAACAGGCGCUGGAGCAACUCAGAACUUCGCUCCUGUAAAGCGCGUCUGCGCACAUCUGAAUGCGUUCCACGCUUAUGCCGACGAUCCCAAGCGGGCUGCUGUGGAAGCGAAUCACUACUGUGCGCAUCUAAAUGAUGAAGUGCGGCAGUGUAUUCUCUAUGACUCGCCUGAGCCAGGGGCUCGCAUUAUUGGCAUUGAAUAUAUGAUCUCUCCGAGACUUUACGAGACCCUGCCCGCCUCCGAACAGGAGCUCUGGCACUCCCACGUCUUCGAAGUAAAAUCCGGCAUGCUAAUAAUGCCGCGUCCCGCGUCCAUGCCCGAAGCCGCCUGGGAGAUCGCCGAGAAUCGAGAGAUGGAAGAAGUGAUCCAACUUUACGGUAAAGUCUACCACUUGUGGCAGACGGACCGAGGCGAUAAGUUGCCGUUGGGUCCUCCGCAGCUCAUGACGAGUUAUACGGCGGAGGACCAGAUGCCGGAUUUUGAGGAGAGGAUGAGGGAGAGGGAUCAGAGGUUUGGGAGUGAUUAUAGGAGGAAGGCGGGGGUCAGGGAGUAUAUUGAGGUGCCGCGGGUGCAUGAGAAGGCGGAUGCGACGUGGGCGAAGGGUGGGUUGGGACAUUGA